AUGGAAGAAAAUAUAUAUGAUGAAAUCGAGAUCGAGGACAUGACCUAUGAUCCAGUGCUAGAAAUAUAUCACUACCCUUGCCCCUGUGGUGAUCGAUUCGAGAUUGGAAUUGCAGAUUUGCGCGAUAAUCAAGAUAUUGGUGUUUGCCCCAGCUGUAGUCUGAUGAUUCGGGUCAUAUUUGAUCUAGAGUCUUUACCUUCGCCUGUUGGUGUCUCCGAAUCACAGAAUAAAGGAAAAGCUGAAAUAACGACAUAA